AUGCACCUACGAACGCACAAGAAAGCUCAGAACACUCCUAGUGCACCACUGCAAGGCUCUGAAGUCGGCUACAAUGACCAGACCAGUCCUGAUGAUGAUGUCAUCAGCACAGAAAGUCAAAACAUUCCACUGAUGCGGGUCGUGAUGUCGAAGAAGCAAACGAAACGGAAAAGCAACAAGGUCUUGAAAGAGGGUUGGGUUGUGCACUAUACAAACCAGAUGAACAUGAGGAAAAAGCACUAUUGGCGUUUGGAUACAAAAAGUCUCAUUAUGUAUCAGGAUGAGACUUCAACUCGUUACUUCAAGGUAAGGUAUCGCUGA